GUAAGCGAGUGUGCAAGUUUUACUUUGAGUAGAUAUUUAGUUGCAGCGAGAACAAUAAACCAAAUCAUGGCCAAAUCAUUCAUAACUGUGGCAAUUAUGUCGUUUGGGUGGAUGGUAUUUACAGGCUUUACACCAGCCGAUACGAAUACGACCACUUCAGACCCAAUAAAUAGCACACAAUCUACUACAACUACUACAACUAUAUCCCUAAACACAGUAAAAUCGACCAAUGGAGCCAUAAAUACCAGUCAACAAAAUGUUCAAGCCAAUGAAACUGCAAUUUCCAACUCAACAACGGUUCCAAGCAACGACAUCACAGCCACCACAAACACCACACAAAAAAGCACAGCACCAGAAAACAAUGUCAGGAGAACCACGGAUGGUAACAUAUUUUGUGCGAUGAUUGUGAUUAUUCAAGUGGCGAUAUACAGUUUUGCUUGAAGCAAAUCCAUAGAUUACUCUUGACCCUAAGAA